ACAGAUAAGGAGUCACGAAAUUGCCAUUGCUGAGCUCAACAGUCUAUCCUCUUCAAGGGGUGUCUACCAGAGAAACGGGAACAUUCUUUUUCGUACAACUAUCCAGAAAGCAAUUGCUUCAGAACAGAAACAAUUGGAUAUUGCCAAAGUCAAGGUGCAGCAGCUGAGUGACUAAAAUCAAGCUCCAAAACCAAGCUCAUUGUUUACUCUUUAAACUCUAUCGAGAUGGCACUGAGAGGUGUCUGGCAGUUAAAUAAGCUGAUUGUUAGCUAUUGUGAUUGGGGAGGGAGCAGCCGAGGUGUCAGAGCAUUUAUGGAAUCUCAUUUGCCAGCUUUUAAAGAGAUCUCCCCCCAGCUGGAGGUUGUAACGGAGCUUAAUCGUGGUCAGCAUCCAUAUUUAAAGGGACUGUAUAGGAACAAAAAUGAGCGGGUUGUAUCUGUUAAAAAUAUGACUCCCGAGGACAUACUACCAUGUGCAACCAGGCUAAGAAAUUCACUUGGAAGAAAGGUGGUCAAGUUGAAAACUCGGCACGUUACCAAGCACCCUAGUGUUCAGGGUACCUGGACAACAGAAUUGAAGAUGUGAGCUAAAAAAGAGAGUUACUGAUAUCUAAUCUAUUCCGGGGGUUUGGAACUCACCUAGUUUGUUCUUCCAAGUCUUUUGUCAGUAAAUUCAUAUGAUGGUGAUGCAAAUACAGUUCCUCGAGUUUUAUUAGGUUACUUUUGUGUUCGAAUUGUUGAUAUUUUGGUCCAAAUGUUCUAUGAGUUGUGUUGCCAAGGAAAA